UAUUACGAGCCAUUAUUAUACAGUGUGACGUGACAAAGUGAGGCAAACUCGGCACACUUGGUUUUGUGACCAUUCUAGUUUGAACUAUGGUGGUAUAUGUGACUUUGCUCGUGUAUUUUAUAUCGUUUGGGUAGUUCUUGUCUUUUUAUGGCAUAAGCCGGUAAACGAGCAUACAGAUCACCUGAUGGUAAGCAAUCGGCAUCGCCCAUGGACACCUAGAACACCAGAGGCGUUACAAGUGCGUUACCGGCCUAUUAGGAAUUCAGGGUUUGGGGAGAUUGGGGAAGGGAGGGUAAUUGGGCCUGCUUUGUUUCACGUCGGUUUUCUUAGAGGCCGUGAUAUAACUCCGGUCGAGCCGGUCCAUUCGUGGCCGAAACAUGGAUCUCCCUUAAUUUCCAUAUGA